AUGGCAGCAGCGAGUCCCGCAGAGUGGUACAACUCCCUGCCGCCAGUGAGCAAGGCAUGGGGAACGGCGCUAUUCGCCACCGCAUGUGCCAUGCAGCUCAAAGUGCUGCCAGUGCAGCUUAUCUUCCUCGACUACACCCUCAUAUUCCAGAAAUUCCAGAUAUGGCGCCUCGUUACAAACAUCUUCUUUGCAGGAGGAUUCAGCAUGAGAUUCGCCUUCACUCUCCUUAUGAUAGCCCGCUACUGUGUACAGAUGGAGACGUCAGCUUUCGCCGGAAGAACAGCGGACUUCCUCUACAUGCUCAUGAUCAACACGCUCAGCCUGCUAGUCAUCGCCCUCAUCAUCCCCUUUAAGAUCUUCUUCCUUAGUGAGCCGCUACUCCUCUCAGUCAUCUACCUGUGGAGCCGGGAGAAUCCCAAUGGCGUUGUCAACUUCAUGGGUCUUCUGUCUAUGCCAGCCUUCUACCUGCCCUGGGCGUACCUAUUCAUGGAUCUGCUCUUUGGAAUGAGUGUCGUUGACUCGCUGGCCGGCAUAGUGGCGGGUCACAUCUACUAUUUCCUCACCGCCGUGUAUCCGCGCACAGGGGGGGCUCAGCUCAUCCGCACACCACUCUGGGUCCACCGGCUUGUAGCACAGUGGGCAGUUUUAGCGCCCAACAUGGUGCAACCCCAGGCACCCCCGAGGCCCACUCCGGCCCGCGGGCCUGCUAUGGCAGCAGGAGGAGGACGAGCGGCAGGAGGGGGAGCAGCAGGGACAGCAGGGGGGGUGGGUGGUGGUUCGGGUGGUGCUGUGUUCAGGGGGCGAGCGUACCGAUUGGAUCGGGAUUAG